GUCACGCCAUGAAUACCGCCGUACAAUCAACGCUCAAAACAUCCCCAGCCUUUUUGAAUUUUGGCAGACACCCCUCACCAGUCAAGAGUCUACGUACGGAAAUCGAGGGUCGAGGCCCAAAAUUACAAUUAGAUCCUACCGUGUGGCAAGAUCGUAUGAAACGACUGGAUGCGUUACGAGAGCUCGUCGCCAAGUUUAUAGAUAAUGCGAGAAAUAAGCAGGGGGAGACAUAUAAUAGAAGGCAUAGAUUGGCCAAUUUUUCAGUCGGGGAUAUGGUUUUGAGGAGAACUCACUAUCAGUCGAAAGCCGCUGAGAGUUUCUCUGCCAAGUUAGCACCCAAAUUUGAGGGACCCUUUCGAAUUACAGAGCAGAAAUCCCCUACCGUGUAUAUCUUGGAAGCCGAGGAGGGUAACAGUCGGAAAAUCGCUAAAGCACACGUGUCGGACCUGAAAAGAUACUUACCGCCGCGAAAUCCUAAAACUAACAGCCCUAACCCCGAUCCUACGAGCCGGUAGUGAACUGCAGCCCGUGGAAGAACGUACCUGGCGUAUAGACAUUAUAUGUGGUUUGUAUUGGUGGUGGAGUAGAAAAUUGUGUUGUCCCUAUAAUGAAUGUAGAAUUCGCAUUUAAUUACAGUAUAAGUUACAGAUAAGGAACUCCGUUAUGCCACGCCGAACUCGCUCCAGAAGCCUCCUGACGGAGUCACGACAUGUUGCCGAGGAGGAGUUCGUGCCACCGACGUUUACUGCCGUGCCGCCAGAUUUUGUGCCCCCGCAGUGGUCCACGAGACACGAGCGUACUCGUGACCCUAACGGCCCGAAGAGCGAGGAGACGAUGCACCACGAGCUCAGGGUCCGGGACGCUAUUCGUCGCCGAGAGAUGGAAGAGGAAGAGGAGAGAGAGAGAGAGCUGUUAGCCGGAUCGGACGACGAGGCGGGAACAGUCGAGCCGAUGGAGGUGGCCGCCUUCACUCUAGUAUCGGCCGAGACCAACACCAAGGUGGGUGAAGUGAGGAGCCCGAGCUCCAAAGUCUCGCCGUGGCUUCGCCUGGAGAGCGCCGAGGAACGGGAGAGCAGAGAGGCCGUGGAGGAGUUGCGCCGCGUCGUGGAGAAGGAAACGGGUGUAGACCUCCCUACCCAGGUCGAAGAGCGUACUCUCGACACGAGAGGCCUACCCCAACGGCCCUUCACCACGCGCGAUGCUCGCAAGGGCACCACGACCCCAAAAAAGGACCCCGUAUGCUCUACUCCCGAAGAACCGGUAAUGGAAAGGAAGAGAGGACUCCAGUUGAAGGUGAAGUUGUCAGGCCUCCGGUACAGCGGGCUGAAGUCCAUUCCCACGGACUCUGAACUGGAUCCACCCCCAUACAGUUGUUUCAACUGUUGGGGGAGAGGCCACACAGUCUUCAACUGCCCAGAACCGAGACACGGCAAAAUCUGCCUAAAUUGUGGUAGAUUUGGAGAGGACCUCAACUCGUGCCCGCGCUGUCGGGACCGCCACGCUGAGUAUUUGGCGACGGUAGGCUCUCACAACGGUGUAACGACCAGGACGUCAAGCCCUAGGCCCGGAACGAGUCGAGAGGAGGCACCUCGCCCCACAACACCUCUGUCACCCGAAGGAACGACAGCCACCUCCCGCACGGCGUCCAUCUCCCGUCACAGCCGAGAGAGAUCCAUCACCUGGGCCACCCCGCACACCAAGGAGUCUCCCAAGUCCUCACCGCCUCGUAGCCCCAAAAGCUACUCGGCUGGGCGUCCGCGAAGUCGGAGGGUGGAUCCUUAUGCGACAACCGAACCCACUACCACCUCCAGCUCUUCUACCUCGUCCAGGAGUGGAUCACCGCCUAGAGAGGAGUCUCCCACCCGUGGAGUAGCUGAGGCUGUAGCCGAGACGUUACGCCUCAUUGAUGAGGUCCGAGAUCUGCCCCAGGACAUCAGGGAUUCGAUCUUGAGGCGAACUUUCUGCCAGCCGAAACCCAGACGAUCCAGGAGUAGGUCGCCCUCACAGCCAAACUACAGCCAGUUACAGCCAGUAGAGUAGAGGAAGGUCGGAAUCGGCCACAUAGCCGUGCAAUAGCAGCCGGGAGAAGGAGAGAGAGAAUAGCCGACUAACAGCCGAGUUAGCCGCUUACUGUAGAGCGCUCCCACCAGCCGCGCGACUACACGCACACGCUGGAGCUCACGCACGCUCACACCUAAGCCGCUCGAGUCAGAAGAUAAGCCCGCCGCCGGGAGGGGGAAAACCUCGCGCCAGGCCGCGGCAGCAGAUACUAUACUGCUACUUGUAUGUGUGAGGCGUUGAGUGUGUGUAAAAAGAAUAUUCACCUAUGUAACUUAAAGAAUUAUUUAUUUGUAAUGUAUGUCAUGAGAGGUGGUAUGUUACAGUGUGAAAACCCAACGAUCGCACGAGAAAACAUAUGUAAAUCGCCAAAUGUAACGGCACUAGACCGAUAACUAUGUAUUGCGCUUGUGUGAGUACUCUAGCGAGGUGUACCGUCGCGCCUCGGCCAGAGAAUUCGCCCACUUGAGUUUUCGUCGCAGUCCAGAGAACAUCCCUACGGUUUGACUAUUCACUUUUAAUUUAGAGUAGAGUCAAGUAUAAGAGUGUGUUAUUUUGUCGUGAUUAUUAUAAGAACGAGGGAGAGGUACGAGAGAGAACUUCAGCCGGAAGGUAGCGUUUAAUGGUAAUAUUUAUACUAUAUUGAGUGUGAGAGGAAUAAGCCGGACGUUGCGAAAGUCGGAGCUUUACUGCCUCGUGGCAGCAUUUUUGACGAGCCAAGAUUUUGUAGCACCGGAUAACUGUGUGAGCGUUGUGUGCGAAAACGGAAAUUGUAACUAGUUGAAAAUAUCACCUUAGAGCCUCGCGUUUAUUAUAUUACAGCCGGUUUUGUUUAAGUAAAAAUUUGUGAAGUGAUAAUCA